AUGGCGGACUGCGUCGCCGAGGAGGUGUCCGGUCGUGCCGCCGUCGCGGGAGAGGAGCGCCGUGUCCGCGCCGCUGCUGCGCUUGCUUGUGCGGAGGCGGAGGAGAGCGCCGCACGCCACGAUAUUGAAGCGGAGGAACUAGCUGUUGCCCGAGUCUUCAGUGCCGCGCAGUCGAAGUCGCGCGCUGAAGCUGUGGAGGCGGCCCGCCUGCGUGCGGAGUCUCUUCUGGCGAAAUGUGCCGCCGAUGAGGAGAAGAACCGACGACUUCUGUGCUGCAGCGAGCAACAGUCGCGUACGGCGUUAUCGGUAGACCGAAAAUUGGAUCUUAAAACGAUGUCGAUGUUUGGGAAGCGGUGGGCUUCGAUUGUCCAAGACGAAGCUCUGUCGAGGAGGGGUGCCGAGCUGGACGAGAAGGGUGACAGAGCCUUGCUGGACGAGCGGCACGAUGCUGUGUUCUGCUUCCUCGUCGCCCCAUUCGAGAGCAGUCAAACGGAUGCGAGGCCGAGGGGGCCGGCUUCUUCUGCGCUCAGCACAGAUGAAGCCUCCGCGCGGCUUCAACGAAUCGGUCGAGGUUAUUUGCUGCGGAAGAAGUUGCAGCGGCGACUGCUUAACCGUUGCCGGGACCUUUACAAGCAAGGCGUCAUUCACUUAUUGGCUGGCGAGUUCACCCAGCGCCGCGAAAUUGUUGGUGAGGAGUAUCUCGCUCGGCAGGGUCUCGUGGAGCGAUUGAUCACAACUGUGCCUGCCCCACUGCACGGCAGCCCUCUCGGCCCAGUGCUGCAGGAUGUUCUGGAAGAGGAAGAGAAACGGCGAAACGACAUCCUCGACGACUACGCCGUCACACACGACGCUAUCGAGCGUGCGGAACACAAGCAGUUUCUCAAGCACAGCUCUAUCGUCUGCACACCAGAGGCCUCCGACUCGUCCGACGAGGAGGACAACACUGCGCUGGUGCAACCCGAGAUUGCACGGCCGGCAGACGUCGCCUUGAGUGAACUCCAGCGUGAGAGCACUCCUCGGCGACGCUACAAAGGUUUCGAGCUGGACGCGUUGGGCCGCUUCCUGCUCGACUACGAGAAUGACCUAAAUCGGAUGCAAAUGGAGCUCGCUGACUUCCGUCGCCAAGUAGCGUUUGAGCACGAUCAGGUCAAAGACACGAGAGAUCGUGCGGCGCAGGAGGUGGUGCGCGGCGGCACGGGAGCCAUGUGGGUGCCUGCACGUCCGCUGCCUCUUUCGGACCUUGUGCGUGGACCCAGCGUACAGUACGGCGGGAAAAGAAGGUCGUAA